AUGUCUGGUCACGGCCAUGGUCACGGUGGGCACAGCCACGGCUGCUGUGAAGACGAGCACGAGCCAGCGGAACGGGGCCUGGAGUAUGCACUGUAUCAGCGCAUUGACAUCGAGAAACUGCAGUGCCUCAAUGAAACAAGAGAAGGCGAUGGGAAACUCGUAUUUAAACCAUGGGAUCAACGGACAGACAGGGAGAAGGUAAUGUUAUCGACACCUUGAACGUAUAGUACAUCAUCUCAAUUGAACCAUGUUGAUGUAGAAGCCCUGAAUCCUCCACUGAAAUUCCGAAACUCAGCUGUGACAGCUGCUAUUUUGGCUCUGCGUUAAAUCAAACAUUGCAAAAAUGAACACCCAUGUUUACUUGUUUUGUACGCUGAACAAAAUAUGUACACAGAUGGUGGAACAUUUUAGUGUCAAUGAGCCUUUCCUUAGAGGUGAUCUGGACCUCUUCCAUUGGUGAAGGCCAAUUUCUUAUAACCUUUAUAAUGUGAUGAAGGGCCACUGUUGGUUAACUGUUAUGUGAUACUAAUGAAUUAAUUAUCUUGAAACGCUCUCUAUCCUCUGCAGUUUGUGGAGAGUGAUGCUGAUGAAGAGCUCCUGUUCAACAUCCCGUAAGAAAAUCCCCCCUUCAAUCCCCUUUUCACCCUUUCUUAUCCUGUCAUUUUAAUUUCAAACUCAUUUCAUCAUAUUGUGUUUAUGCAUUGUCUUUCACAAAUCAUAUGUUUCUCAGGUUCACCGGAAGUGUCAAGCUGAAAGGGAUCAUCAUCGCCGGUGAAGACGAUGAAUCGCAUCCUGCUGAAAUGAGACUGUGAGUGAGUACUGUUUCUGCCUUUCAGAAACACCUUGGGUCCUGACUGUGGAAUUGCAUUGAGCCAGUGUAGCAUGUAUCAACUCUCUCUGAGAAUUGAUGGUUAUUACUCACAACAAGUCAACUGAGGUGUAUUCAUUAGUGCAAAACGGGUUACAACGGAAAGUGUUUUGCAACGAGUUUCUAUUGGACAAAUUCAGGUAGGUCCCACCCUGUUUGCUUCUGUUUGCUUCUCUUUGCUUCUGUUUGCUUUCUUUUGGUUCAUAGUGAAUACACCCCCAGCUCUGAGCCAGCUGUGCAAACUGAAAGAGCAAGUACUGUAGUUAACUUAUUGCUCCGUGAGUGACAUUUGACUCACUAUUCACACCGUGAGAUCAAGACACCUAGUGACAAAUUAGCUAGCUUCUGCUACAUCGGCAUGGAACUGCAUUUAUUUAUUGUCAGCGUGUGUGGUUUUGUUAACCAACUGUGUGUUGUUGUUGCACUGUCCCUGUAGAUACAAGAACAUACCCCACAUGUCCUUUGAUGACACAUGCAGAGAACCUGAGCAAGCCUUCCGUCUCAAUAGAGAUCCACUGGCUCAGCUGGAAUACCCAACUAAGUAAGAGCAAUAGAACUGGCACACACACACACACACACUAAAAGUAGUAUUGUUUUCCCAGAAAACAAUGGGGUUUGUGGUCAAUGCUCACCCAUAGACUAUUUCCGAGACAAAAUAACAAAACAUUUUUUUAAAUAUAAUUUCGGUGAACUAUGCCUAAGUACCCACCCAACCUAAAAUGCACUAAACGAAUCAACGCUAAAUUGCCAUUCUUUCCAGGAUUGCCCGUUUCUCCAACGUUAAUCACUUAUCCAUUCACAUAUCACGGAACUUUGGGACAGCGUCCACACGGGUCUACUACAUUGGGCUGAGUGGGGAGUACUUCCAGGUGAGAACAAACAUGAGACCCACGUCCAGUAAAUUAUCUUAUACAGCUCUGACAGUGUACGCCUCAGCUGAGUUAAAAAAAUAAUAUAUUAUCGCUCUAUGGAUUUCCAGAAUUGUUUCACAUAUGUAUCAGGGUUUACUUUGACUGUUCCAUGUUGUCCAUUUUAAAUGGCAAAACACCUCACCUCAGUCUUAUCUGUUUUGCCUUCUUCCUCCCAGGCUCACAGACAUGAAGUGACCAUCUGCAACUACGAGGCGUCCGCUAACCCCGCAGACCAUAAAGUCGACAGCAUCAUCCCACAAACAAAUGUAAUCUCCUGAGAGAAAGGAGGGGUUGGAUAGUUGCAUUGACAGAUAUGGGUCAAAAGGAAGUGUGAUGGAUACUUAGGCCUGGUGGGUGAACUUUCUCAUUGGAGGUCAGGUAUGACUAAUACUGAAUAUCAGUGUCUAAUCUGGAUUUUCUCAGUUGUUACACUUAUUUUACCACCGAGUGGAGGCUGAAAGAAGUGAGUAAGUUUUCGUUUGGUAAAUGAAUACAUUUAAUGUCACUCGCUGGUAACCCUGUGAUAAAGCAUCACAGUGCUUUUAUCUAAAACUAUAUCUGGACACUGUGUGCCACUUAGUGGUUUGUUGUAAUAUGACAACUUGUCUCAGCAAAACUGGAAUGACUCCAAAGUCCCCUACAGUGGGAGUUCACUCACAUUAUUUCAUCCAAGCUCUGAAUGGCAUGGCAAUAAUGUGACUAUGUAGACAUUUUGACACAACCAAAGUAGAUCAGCAUUAGGUUUUCAUUUGAUUGGAUUAGACCCAUAUACCCACGUUUACUUAGGGGUGAGUUGCUUACUAUACCACACUGCUUUCUUUGACAACCACCAAACACAAAAGCUAUUUAACUUAUGAUUUCAUUGCAUUAUUAAUGUGCGUAGUCUGAGAAAUAGGACAUGUCCUUUGCUGUUGUGUGUAAUGUAAUUAUUUGAAGAAUAAAUAUGUUACAUAAGAGAAUAGUUGUAUCUUUUUUAAUGAGUGUAGAAUUGAAUUGAAAUGUAGAUUUUGGUUUAAUAAAAGGCUGUAUUAUUUGUAUUGAAAAUAUGCUCUUUGCAUUUGGUUUAAUAUAUUUGUUUAGUGUAAAUGGCACUAUCUGGAAUGUAUUGCUUGUCAGUAUCAAUUGAUGGCAGGGUGUGCGGUAAGUGCAAGCUCGAGAAAGGGUGUGGACGUCAUCAUGACAUCACUUUGAAGAAUACCCGCCCCUCUACAGUAGCGGAAGUUCCGUUGAUAUUCUGGGACAGCAAGUGGUGAGUGUAUGAGUUUGUAUUAGCGGGCCGCGGUUUUACAAUACUUCUUUACCCCAUCCGAACCGAACCCACAUGGGCCUUUGGUUACCGCUGUGGUUCAAGGGCAUGGGGGAGUGAUCUAUUCAAAUACCUGGUCGAAUUUAGGCCACAUGUCAAUCGAACCAAGCUCGAAUGGGAGCGGAGGGCAGUGUACUGAGACAAUACAGAUUGCUGCUGUGUGGUUAGCUUGCUAAACUAGUCAUUGUGAGGAUUUGUAGCCAGCUAAACAGGAUUAAGCUGGCUACUUGGAUGUAGCUAACUAGCUUUUCCGUGUUUGAAACAAUCUAACUAGCAGCUUUGCACUUAUCCUCUCCCGAAUUCACCAACCGGGUCGCACAACGUCAACGACUGGGUUAGCGAGUUAAGCUUCUCGCAGCCCACAUUGUUUCUUCAUCCCCACCCCCUUCCUUUCCUUUAGCUAGCUAAUGAACAAAAUAUCAGUACCUUGAAUCGCAGGUUGCCUAUGUAUUGCCACAUAUGUCUACGUCAAAUUAUCGAAAUAAACGAAUAUAAAAAGAUAAAUGAUUUAUGUUGCAAGAUGCCACUCCUGCUGGCUAGCCUGCAUAACCUAACUGGCUAAUAAAACCAGGGGUGUAAUCAUUAGUCCAAACAGUUCCGUUUUGCAACUAAAACUAGAUUUUCUAUUGGAAAAAUUCAGGUAGGUCCCUCCCCGUUUCGUUCCCUUUAAGAAACGUUUUGCAACAGAAUCGGCAGAAUGAAUACACCCCAGGUGGUGCUGGCUGGCUAUACUGACUCUCGCAUAUGACUCGAUGCUUGCCUGGUGGCUAGAAUUUACGUACCGGGUCAACCUUACAGGGCCUUUAUCCCAGUAACAAUUGCUCUUGACUACUGAGGAAAUCGAGCCAUUAGUUGCUGUAAAUGCAAGUGAAUAAAGGGCCAAGGCGGCACAUUUUUCUUACGCCAACCACUGAACCAGUCAACGUUUAGUUUGUCCUAGCCAGUUUAAUGCCAGUCAGAUUGGAACUCGUGAUCUUGUAGCCGUACAUGGACGGCAUUGUUUGUAUCACCCCUAGAAGGCUUGUGCAGAGGGAGAGAAAGGUGACCGUGAAAUCAGUGCAUUUCCAUCCUGGCUUAGCUAUUUUCCCACUGCUGGCGAGAUCAUGGAAGAUCAAUGUAGGAUAAGCAGCUAUUUGUGGUCUUUCUGUUAUCUCUGAAGGGACUGAGGAUGUUUGCCUCGCAAAUACAAUUAUAGGCUGGCUAACAUUAAGUGAUGGUAUAAAGUCAAAGAUUACACUGGCAUGCUGGAGCAAAGCCUCUUUGUGUCAUUGAUGCUAGAUGCUAUUAUCCAAUUGCUUCAGACCAUGCCUACUAGUUGAGAGCACAUCAGAUAGGGUUAGUGCUAUCUGGGGUCCUUUGGAUGUCCUUACCCUAAACCCAAACCAUAACUUUUACCUAACCUUUACCGUAACCAUUUUAAAUGUCAACUUCAAUGGGGUAGGGAUGUCCCAAGGAUACUGGAUAGCAAGGACAGAGUGCUGUAGGCCUAUCUGCCUGGGGGAAUCCUAUAGCUUGGUCUAUUAAAGUGUGCAAUAGCUGACACAGUGACAAGGAAAUGAGGCAAAGGCACAAUGAGCAUGUGUGUCAUUGCAGUUCAGAAAGUUAUUGUGAUGUGUGAUGCACGGCCCUGUUCUUUCUCCCUAUUGAGCCUGUCAUUCUCAUUCCCCUGAUUUGGCUCUUUUUCUGUCUCUCCCUUUGCUUUCACUAACUGCCUGUCAUUAGGUGGGUGGAAUUGUAACUAACUGUGUAUAAUCUCCCUGAAGGUUUAUACAUUAACCUCCUCACUUUUCCUUUUAAUUCCUCCUCUCGUUGUUUCUUUCUCUCUCUUGCUCGCCUCAUCCUUUUGUCAUAUCUGUCGCUCAACCUGACUCUAUGAGGGUAUUAAUUGUUGAUUUAGAAAACAAUAUGCUCUAGCUAGCCGAUACUAACCUAUUGGCAUGUUGGUUAAUAACGUAAAUGCAUUUGCUGACUGAAGAGAUUCUUCUCAGUACUCAGCCUGUCUCUUUGGUUCAAAGCAGCCAUAAUCUGUGGGAUGUUCAGUUCUUUUGUCGUGUCUGUCCCUUUGCUGAAUAGCUGCAUUGAUAACCAACCAACGUCAUUGAUAUGCCCCUUUUUCCCCGUCCUCUCUCUAGCACCCCUUAUAGUGUAUGUGUGGCAACAACAUGUCUCUGCCGCUGCUCGCUGAGGCUGUGACGGUGUCUGGGACAGAGAAGGAGACCGCUGCGGUGAGAGACCACACCAACACCAUAGUGUAACUUACGGCAGCCAUCAGUACAUUUGCCCACUUGUUGGAAAGUAUCAAAGGAAGCGCAAGAGUUGCCAUGCUAAAGCUAAUUUGUUGUUCAGAGGUGCUGUGAACUAUGGCCGGGACGAUACCAGUAUCGCAAUAUUUUUUUCCAUGGCAAAAUUGAAAAACCAAAGCAGACCAAAGUCUUUAGUCCUUUAAAAACCUGCUGUAUGUAAAAUAUUGUGCUUUGAAUUGGAAAAUAAAUAAACGUGACUCUGGAUGACAAUGAUUUAUGUUUGUGUCCAACAUUAGGGCUUUUUCCUAAAGAAGUUAAAUCCACUUUGUGUUUUGUUUACUUGCCACGAUACUAACGAGUAUUGUGAUACUGGUAUCGUCCCGGCCCUACUGUGAACCCACUGGGCAAAAACGGGUUAAAUCAACGUUUUUUUCCAUGUGAUUUCAACAACAAAAAAUCAUUUUGGUGAUGUUGAAUCAACGUGGAAAAAUGAUUGGAUUUGCAAAAAGUCCUCAACGUAAGGGAAUUUAGUCUUUUUUUCACCCAACUUUUAAUCGAAAUCCAAUGACAUGGUGAUUUGGGGGGGGGGGGAUUUCACAUUGCAUUCACGUUAGCUGACAACUCAGCUAAAUGUAAAUAAUAUAAAAACGUUCAACUGCCGUCUGUGCCCUGUGUGAAAUUAUUUGGCAUGGUUGCACAGCCAUAUCAGAACUGUGCUAUGUUACAAUAUUGGAGCUUGAAGGCAUAACAAACCGAUUACACUGAAGUUAAGUGGGUCUGCAAGCACUUGUUAAUUCAAAACCAACUCAAUUUAAUUCAUUUGUGAAUGCUCAUAUUAGAUUUUUACAUAGAACGUACAAAAAAAGAAAUAUCUGGCUCGCCAAAUUAAAAAUGUUCUUCCUCUUAUGAUGCCUCUGAUAAAUGCUAUUCUUUAGAGUUGGCAAGCAGCAAUAUCAACAGAGUAGUCCUGGCAAAAGUAGGAAUUUGCCCUUUGUUGUUGCUAUUGGGCCUGAUUCACUUGUACAUGGUGUUCAUAUGCAAAUACAGUGCAGUUGCCAGUAAACUGGCAUGCUCAUUGGUGUUCUGUGUAGUUCAUAAUGCACCAUUAACCAAUGUAAAACUGUCAAUCUCCCCAAUUCUACCAAAGGUGAUCUUCCUUCAUGGUUUGGGUGACUCAGGGUGAGUUUUCUGUCUUAAACCUGUUUUUGUUCGUUUUGGUGUUCGGCUGUUUUCUUUCUUGAGGCAAGUCGAAGUUCGGUAGCCGAAGUCUACGCCCCUUUGUCGGUGAUUGGUCAACAGUCCUACUCCUAGUAGGAUUGGUUACUAUGGACUGGGGUUCUUCAAUUAAGUGGUUCUUGUCAUUCAAUGAGAGAUGACUAGUUUUCAUGCAAAUGUUUUCACUUGAGAAAUACUACACCAAACAUCUUAGUUAGAUGUAAAAUUGCGCGACUAAGACAUCCUCUGCAAAAAUGUAAAAUGAUUACAGAUUUCUUGAUUUAUCAUAGAUUCAUUCAGACUAUUUUGAGGAAGUGUGCACCUUCAUAUAUACAGUGCCUUGCAAAAGUAUUCAUCCCCCUUGGCGUUCUUCCUAUUUGUUGCAUUACAACCUGUAAUUUAAAUUGAUUUUUAUUUGGAUUUCAUGUAAUGGACAUACACAAAAUAGUCCAAAUUAGUGAAGUGAAAUGAAAAAAAUAAGAGUCUGCAACACCACUAAGCAAAGGGCACCACCAAGCAAACGGCACCAUGAAGACCAAGGAGCUCUCCAAACAGAUCAGGGACAAAGUUGUAGAGAAGUAACGCCAGGGUAGUGGGUUCGAUCCCUGGGACCACCCAUACGUAAAAAUUUAUGCACACAUGACUGUAAGUCACUUUGGAUAAAAGUGUUUGCUAAAUAGCAUAUUAUAUUAUAUUAAGUACAGAUCAGGGUUGGGUUAUAAAAAAAUAUCUGAAACUUUGAACAUCCCACGGAGCACCAUUAAAUCCAUUAUUAAAAAAUGGAAAGAAUAUGGCACCACAACAAACCUGCCAAGAGAGGGCCGCCCACCAAAACUCACAGACCAGGCAAGGAGGGCAUUAAUCAGAGAGGCAACAAAGAGACCAAAGAACCCUGAAGGAGCUGCAAAGCUCCACAGCGGAGAUUGGAGUAUCUGUCCAUAGGACCACUUUAAGCUGUACGCUCCACAGAGCUGGGCUUUACGGAAGAGUGGCCAGAAAAAAGCCAUUGCUUAAAGAAAAAAAUAAGCAAACACGUUUGGUGUUCGCCAAAAGGCAUGUGGGAGACACCCCAAACAUAUGGAUGAAGGGACUCUGGUCAGAUGAGACUAAAAUGGAGCUUUUUGGCCAUCAAGGAAAAUGCUAUGUCUGGCGCAAACCCAACACCUCUCAUCACCCCGAGAACACCAUCCCCACAGUGAAGCAUGGUGGUGGCAGCAUCAUGCUGCGGGGAUGUUUUUCAUCGGCAGGGACUGGGAAACUGGUCAGAAUUGAAGGAAUGAUGGAUGGUGCUAAAUACAGGGAAAUUCUUGACGGAAACCUGUUUCAGUCUUCCAGAGAUUUGAGACUGGGACGGAGGUUCACCUUCCAGCAGGACAACACUUGAGUGGUUUAAGGGGAAACAUUUAAAUGUGUUGGAUGGCCUAGUCAAAGCCCAGACCUCAAUCCAAUUGAGAAUCUGUGGUAUGACUUAAAGAUUGCUGUACACCUGCAGAACCCAUCCAACUUGAAGGAGCUGGAGCAGUUUUGCCUUGAAGAAUGGGCAAAAAUCCCAGUGGCUAGAUGUGCCAAGCUUAUAGAGACAUACCCCAAGAGACUUGCAGCUGUAAUUGCUGCAAAAGGUGGCUCUGCAAAGUAUUGACUUUGGGGGGGGUGAAUAGUUUUGCACACUCAAGUGUUCUGUUUUUUUGUCUUAUUUCUUGUUUGUUUCACAAUAACUCAUAUUUUGCAUCUUCAAAAUCACUCUGUAUAAAUCGUUCUGUCUUAUAGCUUAAUCUGUAUAGACUUAAUCUGUACCACUUUCUCUCUCUGAAUUGCUAUUUUUCUUCCUGUUGUCAGGCAUGGCUGGGCAGAUGCCAUGACGGCUAUCCGACUGCCACAUGUAAAGUAUAUCUGCCCCCACGCGUAAGUCUCUGUAUUAUUAUGUCAUAUUUUCUGACAUGUUUAUUUCUCUGCUUGAGUGCCUCUGUCUCAGUUUCUAGUGUAUGUUGUAAUAAGAGAGUUGAAUCUUAUCUUUGGUAGUGUCUCAUCUCUGAUCUUUCUAUACAACCAUUUAGUAUUCCUCCACCCUUGUAUACUUACAUUGAUUCACUUGUUUGUCCACAGGCCCAGAAUCCCUGUCACUCUUAAUAUGAAGAUGACUAUGCCCUCAUGGUGAGUCAUAUGUUUGCACUGAUCUGAAAGAUAUAUCAUUGGCUAAUGGCUUGACUCUAACCUACACUUCACUGGAAAAUAGAUUUCCUUUUGGUAAGAGAUUUGGUGAACAUGGAAUUCCUUCAAAGGCAGAUACACACACACACACACACACACACACAAUCAGGAUACCAGGGGCACAUAAGAUAUACAGUGAGCUGACACCUCAUAGUCAUUGUAUCAUUUCAAAUCCAAAGUGCUUGAGUACAAAGCCAAAACAACAAAACAUUUCACUGUGCCAAUACUUUUGCAUGAGAUGUGUAUUAAAUCGACUGACCAUGGAUCUGUGCGUUUCUGUAGGUUUGACCUGAUGGGUCUCAGCCCAGAUUCUCCAGAGGACGAGGCUGGCAUCAAGAGGGCAGCGGAGAACAGUAAGUAAUUCAGUGAAACACCAGUACUAUACAGUGGGGAAAAAAAGUAUUUAGUCAGCCACCAAUUGUGCAAGUUCUCCCACUUAAAAAGAUGAGAGAGGCCUGUAAUUUUCAUCAUAGGUACACGUCAACUAUGACAGACAAAAUAAGAUUUUUUUUCUCCAGAAAAUCACAUUGUAGGAUUUUUUAUGAAUUUAUUUGCAAAUUAUGGUGGAAAAUAAGUAUUUGGUCACCUACAAACAAGCAAGAUUUCUGGCUCUCACAGACCUGUAACUUCUUCUUUAAGAGGCUCCUCUGUCCUCCACUCGUUACCUGUAUUAAUGGCACCUGUUUGAACUUAUCAGUAUAAAAGACACCUGUUCACAACCUCAAACAGUCACACUCCAAACUACACUAUGGCCAAGACCAAAGAGCUGUCAAAGGACACCAGAAACAAAAUUGUAGACCUUCACCAGGCUGGGAAGACUGAAUCUGCAAUAGGUAAGCAGCUUGGUUUGAAGAAAUCAACUGUGGGAGCAAUUAUUAGGAAAUGGAAGACAUACAAGACCACUGAUAAUCUCUCUCGAUCUGGGGCUCCACGCAAGAUCUCACCCCGUGGGGUCAAAAUGAUCACAAGAACGGUGAGCAAAAAUCCCAGAACCACACGGGGGGACCUAGUGAAUGACCUGCAGAGAGCUGGGACCAAAGUAACAAAGCCUACCAUCAGUAACACACUACGCCGCCAGGGACUCAAAUCCUGCAGUGCCAGACGUGUCCCCCUGUUUAAGCCAGUACAUGUCCAGGCCCGUCUGAAGUUUGCUAGAGUGCAUUUGGAUGAUCCCGAAGAGGAUUGGGUAAGAUGAAACCAAAAUAGAACUUUUUGGUAAAAACUUAACUCGUCGUGUUUGGAGGACAAAGAAUGCUGAGUUGCAUCCAAAGAACACCAUACCUACUGUGAAUCAUUGGGGUGGAAACAUCAUGCUUUGGGGCUGUUUUUCUGCAAAGGGACCAGGACGACUGAUCCGUGUAAAGGAAAGAAUUAAUGGGGCCAUGUAUUGUGAGAUUUUGAGUGAAAACCUCCUUCCAUCAGCAAGGGCAUUGAAGAUGAAACGUGGCUGGGUCUUUCAGCAUGACAAUGAUCCCAAACACACCGCCCGGGCAACGAAGGAGUGGCUUCGUAAGAAGCAUUUCAAGGUCCUGGAGUGGCCUAGCCAGUCUCCAGAUCUCAACCCCAUAGAAAAUCUUUGGAGGGAGUUGAAAGUCUGUGUUGCCCAGCGACAGCCCCAAAACAUCACUGCUCUAGAGGAGAUCUGCAUGGAGGAAUGGGCCAAAAUACCAGCAACAGUGUGUGAAAACCUUGUGAAGACUUACAGAAAACGUUUGACCUGUGUCAUUGCCAACAAAGGGUAUAUAACAAAGUAUUGAGAAACUUUUGUUAUUGACCAAAUACUUAUUUUCCACCAUAAUUUGCAAAUAAAUUCAUUAAAAAAUCCUACAAUGUGAUUUUCUGGAUUUUUUUUCCUCAUUUUGUCUGUCAUAGUUGACGUGUACCUAUGAUGAAAAUGACAGGCCUCUCUCAUCUUUUUAAGUGAGAGAACUUGCACAAUUGGUGGCUGACUAAAUACUUUUUUCCCCCACUGUACAUGUUAUAAACUCAGCAAAAAAAAGAAACGUUCUCUCACUGUCAACUGCGUUUAUUUUGAGCAAACUUAACAUGUGUAAAUAUUUGUAUGAACAUAACAAGAUUCAACAACUGAGAUAUAAACUGAACAAGUUCCACAGACAUGUGACUAACAGAAAUUGAAUAAUGUGUCCCUGACCAAAGGGGGGUCAAAAUCAAAAGUAACAGUCAGUAUCUGGUGUGGCCACCAGCUGCAUUAAGUACUGCAGUGCAUCUCCUCCUCAUGGACUGCACCAUAUUUGCCAGUUCUUGCUGUGAGAUGUUACCCCACUCUUCCACCAAGGCACCUGCAAGUUCCUGGACAUUUCUGGGGGGAAUGGCCCUAGCCCUCACCCUCCGAUCCAACCAUCACCCCUGGUGAGACAAAACCGCAACUCGUCAGUGAAGAGCACUUUUUGCCAGUCCUGUCUGGUCCAGUGACGGUGGGUUUGUGCCCAUAGGCGACGUUGUUGUCGGUGAUGUCUGGUGAGGACCUGCCUUACAACAGGCCUACAAACUCUCAGUCCAGCCUCUCUCAGCCUAUUGCGGACAGUCUGAGCACUGAUGGAGGGAUUGUGCAUUCCUGGUGUAACUCAGGCAGUUGUUGUUGCCAUCCUGUACCUGUCCCGCAGGUGUGAUGUUCGGAUGUACCGAUCCUGUGCAGGUGUUGUUACACGUGGUCUGCCAAUGCGAGGACGAUCAGCUGUCUGUCCUGUCUCCCUGUAGCGCUGUCUUAGACGUCUCACAGUACGGACAUAGCAAUUUAUUGCCCUGGCCACAUCUGCAGUCCUCAUGCCACCUUGCAGCAAUCCUAAGGCACGUUCGCGCAGAUGAGCAGGGACCCUGGGCAUCUUUCUUUUGGUGUUUUUCAGAGUCAGUAGAAAGGCCUCUUUAGUGUCCUACGUUUUCAUAACUGUGACCUUAAUUGCCUCCCGUCUGUAAGCUGUUAGUGUCUUAACGACCGUCCCACAGGUGCAUGUUCAUUAAUUGUUUAUGAUUCAUUGAACAAGCAUGGGAAACAGUGUUUAAACCCUUUACAAUGAAGAUCUGUGAAGUUAUUUUGAUUUUUACGAAUUAUCUUUGAAAGACAGGGUCCUGAAAAAGCGACGUUUCUUUUUUUGCUGAGUUUAUAUAGCAUUGUAGAUGCAUAUAGAUAUUAUACUAAGCUCUAUUCACAUAACCAUGUUAGCCCCCCUAUGUACUGUAUAUGUUCAGUUUCCGUUUUCACUCUUUUCCACAGUCAAGGCCAUAAUCGACCAUGAGGCAAAGAAUGGGAUACCCGCCAAUCGCGUGCUGCUUGGAGGGUUCUCUCAGGUAAGGUCAAUGUGAAGCGCUAUAGAGGUGUUGUGCAAAUGAAGUCCUCUUUUUCCAGUUCCUGAUUCUCAGUGAUUUUUCAACAUUGCUGUUUAAACUGUGUAAACCAUGUGAACAUCUCUAUAGGUCUAAACACAUUCUACCUCUCUUUCCCUCAAUUGUUCCGUCUCCCAGGGUGGGGCUCUGUCCUUGUAUACCGCCCUCACCUGUCAGCAGCAAUUGGCAGGCGUGGUCGCGCUCAGUUGCUGGUUACCACUUCACAAGAGUUUCCCGCAGGUACAUUUACACAGCUUACUUGUUUCUCUACAAUUUACGGUACUCUCGGUCCCCUGAACAUUCAACAGAGCUGUUUCUUUUAUUACUGGGCUGGAUUCCAAACUGGAAAAUGUACUCCUCUCCAUUGCUCUUGAUGAUAUGGGUGUAUGGGUGGUCCUCUGUAGCUCAGCUGGUAGAGCACGGCGCUUGUAACGCCAAGGUAGUGGGUUCGAUCCCCGGGACCACCCAUACACAAAAAUGUAUGCACGCAUGACUGUAAGUCGCUUUGGAUAAAAGCGUCUGCUAAAAUGGCAUAUUAUGAUUUUGCUGUGUAGAUAUGAAUGAACUGAAUAUGUGACUUGGUGUUAGAACCUGGUCUUGGUCUUCACUUUUUGCUUGUAUUAGUUGGAUGUAAUGGUCUGUUGUUCUCAUUAGGCGGCGAGCGCCAGUGGGAACAGAGACAUGCCCAUACUGCAGUGUCAUGGGGAGAUGGACCCCAUGAUCCCAGUGCAGUUUGGGGCCAUGACGGCCGAGAAGCUCAAGAUCAUUGUCAACCCUCAGAAAAUCACCUUCCGGACCUACCCAGGACUCAUGCACAGCUCCUGUCCUCAGGUAAAAGGGGAUUUUGGUUGUAACAUUCAAUGUGUGUUAACGGUUUACUAUGAGUGUCAAUGUGGAAGUAUUCAUGAUGUUCGGUUUCUGAUAAGCCUCUUUAUUUUUAUUUUGCAGGAGAUGGCAGCAGUGAAGGAAUUCAUUGAGAAGCAGUUGCCCCGAAUCUGACCUCACCUCAACCCCACUGUGACCCUUAGACACUGACCUCUCACCUCUGACCUGCCAUUCUCCCACAGGAAACAGCCAUGAGCACCGCCCCCUCCCUCCCUAUACAUACACAGUAACACUUACUUUCACAUAUCAUCAUCAUAUACACAUAAUACAUGCCUCAUUCCAUAAAAAUCCAACCAACGCACAUCAUACUGGACACAAUCAUACUGGACACACACCAUUUAUAAACGCACAUUUGUUAACACACUGAAGUGCUCACACAACAAGUCUUACCUUUUCGAGCGAGAAUCACUCACUCACACAGUACAUUCCCCUGGGAUUCUUUUCUCUCUUAUCCAACACGCCAGUAUCCCCUCUUUCUUUCUCUCAAUCUAUCUCUCCUCCUUUCACGACCUCCACUCCUGUUUCCCUCCUAUGCUGUGUGUGUCAGUGAGUCAGUCAGUUAGUGAGCAGGGGUCCCUGUUGCUAGAUGCCACCCAGUGUCGGAGAGCCUGACCCAGGCUGAGGAGAUAGCAGGUUCAGCAGCCUGUGGUUCUGGUCCUCAGGCCCCGAGGUCUGGUGCCGUCUGGAGUGACUCUGGUGCCGUCUGGAGUGACUCUGGUGCCACGCUGCUCUGCAUGCUGUUCCCAACGGG